UUACGGUCCCUCGAAAACAUAACGAAAGCGAAAUGCAAUAGCCAUAACCUUUACUACUAUUAUCAAAUUUAUUAUUAUAAGUCAAAUAAAAAAAACUAUCCCACAAAAUUAUUUUUCUCUGUCUCUGAUUGGAUAAUCCAGUUCAUUUUCUGAUGGGGAAGGUGGCGGUGGCAGCUGCGGUGGUCUGCACGGCGGCAGUGUGUGCGGCGGCGGCACUGGUGGUGAGGCAGAGGAUGAAGAGCUCAGGGAGGUGGACUAAAGCUAUGGAAAUACUGAGGGAGUUUGAGGAGAAGUGUGGGACCCCUGUUGGAAAGUUAAGACAGGUGGCAGAUGCUAUGGCCGUUGAGAUGCAUGCUGGUCUUGCAUCAGACGGUGGUAGUAAACUUAAGAUGUUAAUCAGCUAUGUAGAUAAUCUUCCCACCGGCGAUGAGAAGGGGUUGUAUUAUGCCUUAGACCUUGGUGGCACAAAUUUUCGAGUUUUACGUGUAAUGUUGGGUGGGAAAGAAGACCGUGUGGUCAAACAAGAAUCUGUUGAAGUUUCCAUUCCUCCACACCUGAUGACUGAAUCUUCAAAUGCAUUAUUCGAUUUUAUUGCAGAAACACUUGCAAAAUUUGUUGCUACAGAAUCAGAAGGUUUACAUCCUUUGCCUGGUCAACAAAGGGAGCUCGGUUUUACUUUUUCAUUCCCUGUCAAGCAAACAUCAAUAGCAUCAGGAACUCUUUUAAAUUGGACAAAAGGCUUCUCCAUAGAAGAUGCGAUUGGGCAAGAUGUGGUAGGAGAGCUCACAAAAGCCAUGGAAAGAGUAGGUGUUGACAUGCGCGUUUCAGCUUUGGUUAAUGAUACAAUUGGGACGUUGGCUGGGGGCAGAUAUUACAACCAGGAUGUCAUUGCUGGUGUGAUAUUGGGUACGGGAACAAAUGCAGCUUAUGUAGAACGAGCACAAGCAAUUCCCAAGUGGCAUGGUGUUCUUCCUGAUUCAGGGGACAUGGUUAUUAACAUGGAGUGGGGUAACUUCAGGUCAUCGCACCUUCCAGUGACAGAAUUUGAUCAGGCUCUGGAUGCUGUUUCUCUGAACCCUGGAGAACAGAUUUUCGAAAAGAUUAUUUCUGGUAUGUAUUUGGGAGAGAUUGUACGCAGAGUUCUAUUGAAAAUGGCCGAGGAAGCUGCCUUCUUUGGUGAUGUUGUUCCACCAAAACUAGAGAUUCCGUUCAUCUUAAGGACUCCUACGACGUCAGCAAUGCAUCAUGAUACAUCUCCAGAUCUGAGAGUUGUUGGAAGCAAACUAAAGGAUGUCUUAGAGAUAUCCAAAACCUCCUUGAAAAUGAGGAAAGCUAUAGUUGAGCUAUGUGACAUUGUCGCAACUCGUGGAGCCCGUCUCUCUGCUGCCGGAAUUGUUGGCAUUCUCAAGAAAUUGGGAAGAGACACAGUAAAAGACGGGGAAAAGCAGAAAUCCGUAAUAGCAUUGGACGGUGGUUUAUUCGAGCACUACACUAAAUUUCGCACCAGCAUGGAGGGUGCUGUUAAGGAGUUGCUUGGAGAGGAAGUUUCUGAGAGCAUUGUCCUCGAGCUCUCAAAUGAUGGCUCCGGCAUCGGAGCAGCCCUUCUGGCAGCCUCUCACUCCCAAUAUCCGGCGGUUACGGAACAUGAAAACACGUCGGCAGAUGAAAAGUAGGAGGGCAUUCUCAAUUUUGUUAAUUAUUCAUUCCCCACGUUAUCAUGAGGUAAACCAAAAAAAUUGUAAUGUAUGGUCUUAGCUAGCUUAUGGUUGAGUGAUACAUCAAAUACUGUAAUUGCACCAAUUGUUUUAGUAUUGGUCCCAAGCCUAUAUUUUGUUUCAUUUUCUAGAGUUAGCAAAUAAAGUGGGGAAUGUAAACUAUUAUCUAAAACAUUUAUUAUUAAUGAUACCUUGACGACCAAGUCAUUAAGGCUUUCUUUUGUUGAAAA